ACCUCUUCACCUCCACACCAUACCAUCAGUUCUUUUGCUGAGGCCAAGGCCAUUGACAAGAUAAACGAACGCAUGCCACCGCCGCUGAAAGAUUCCGAGAGCAUGAAAUGUAAGGUGGCCGGUUUUCUCGAGACGACAAAACCAUCCCUCGCAAAGACAGAGCCCCCGCCGGCACGUUCCACUGCCGAAGAGGCGCCAAAACGCAAGACGAGCGCCUCGAGGCCGGCGCCGACUCUGCCACAAGCUCUAGGCCCUAAGUUCUGCCUUGCACGAAAAAGGCCGAAGCAACUGGAGAAAGAAACCGAAUUUGAGAGCCUCUUUAGCCAGACUGCCGACCUAAAAUUUACCGAGCCUAGAGAAGUUGACUAUCUCAAGUCGACGCUGGUGAACUGCCGCCAGCAGUACUUAAGAAAGGCUCCAGCAAACAAAGGUCCCUUAAAAAAUGCUCAUCUGAAUAUCCUAAGGGGACGCCGAAGAAAUGAAGGCAUCGAGCUGACCAGGCUAGACAAAAGGUCCGGAAUAGUGCUGACGAAUUACAACGAUUAUGUCUCGAAACUAGAAACUAUCCCAGCAGAUAGGACGAAGUUCUCAAAAUCUGGGAAUAAAAAAGAUCGGACAGAGGCCGUCGAGGGUCAGUUAACUACAGUUCUCAAAGCCUUCCACAAAGAAGGUCUUUUGUCUGGCAAAGAGCUUGAAAGACUAAGACCUGUAGGCACAACCGUAUCCAGAAUGUAUGACCUUCCGAAAAUUCACAAACUGAAGCUGCUCUUGCGUCCCAUCUUGGACAUGAGAAACUCCCAUUAUCACAUGAUUGCCAAAUGGCUGGUAGAAAAGCUGAGGCCUCGAAGCUUGAAAGGCACAUUUGAGUUUUUUGAAACUAUAAAGAACAUGAACGUUGGUGGAAGUAAGAUGCUCUCAUUGGAUGUAUCAUCACUUUUUACCUACGUACCCAUGGCAGAAAUCAUAAACUAUCUCCGUGAAGUUAUUCAGGACAGGAGCUAA